CAAUCCCUCUAAUGGAGAAUGCAGCACCCAUUGACUGGAUCAGCAAUUUACCGGAUGAAUUACUCUGUUACAUUCUCUCCUUACUCCCAACCAAACUUGCUUUCUCCACCACCGUUCUCUCCAAGAGGUGGACCCCACUCAGCAAAUUACUCACGGCUCUCUACUUCAACGACGAAUCCGUUAAAGACAAAGACGCCUUCCUCCGUUUCUGUAGUUUCGUCAAUACAGCCACGGUCUCUGCAGAACUUAUCAAAACGUUUCACCUCAAUUGUGAUUCUAGCCAUUGGCAGCUAGAUGGCCGUUCGGACAACAUCAACAACUGGAUCCAAACUGCCAAACGCCAUCCUUUGGAGAAUCUCCACCUCCAUUCUAGUAUAGGUUAUUUGAACGAGACAAUCACAUUGCCACCAACUAUUUUCACCUUUUCAAAGCUUGUGGUUCUCAAAGUGAAGACUUUCUGUUUGGAUGGUGAUAUCUCUGUCGAUCUUCCAUCGCUUAAGACCCUUCAUUUGAAUGAUGUUUAUUUCAAAAAUCAUGAGAAUUUCAAAAAGUUUAUUCAUGGGUGUCCCAUUUUGGAAGAUUUGAAUAUUACUCACGUUUGUUAUAUCACGCAAGAUAAGAGUUCUACCAUGAAUACAGGAGAUUUUAAAUCCUUAUCCAAGUUGAUCAGAGCCAAUAUCCUUGACUCUGAUGUUCCCGUUACAGCAGUUUAUAAUGUCCAGAUUUUAAAACUCUGGGUGGAUAGAAAGCUUCCUGAGCAAGUGAUUAUUCCCAAUAACAGAAGGUUUCAAAACUUAAUCCACCUUGAACUGUUUACAAUCGCCUCAGAAUACUGUGAAGAUCUGAUGGGCCUGCUCCAGAAUUGCCCCAAACUUCAAAGUCUCACUAUUGCUGUGUUGCUAGACAAAGAUUUAUUCAAAAACUGGAAAUAUCCAAUUACGGUUCCUAAUUGUAUUUCUUCUCACCUCCGAUCAUGUACUUUAAGGUUUGACGCCUUUGAAGUUGACCUUCGAUUAGCAACGUAUAUUUUAAAAUAUGCGCCACUUUUAGAGGUCCUGAAAUUCACCAUGUUUGAUGCAUUACAACUCCGAGAAAACCAGAACCGGCGGUGCUGUCUUGGAAGAGCACUACUGCGUUCCACUCCCAGCCAACACUGGAGUGAGAACCCAGCUGCUGCAACUGAGAUAGAAUCGUCACGUGAAAUGGCGAAAAGCUCAGGGAACACUUGCAUCAGCGACUGA